AUGCCGAUGUCCGCACACGUCACAGUGCCACGAGGUGGGGUCGGGGGUGGCGGGGCCAUAGCUGCUGGUUGCAGAAUGCUGACAGAGGGCAUACAGCAGUGUGUGUGUGUGGCUUUCUUCGGUGGACACACGCAUAGGAUGUCUGCGAUGCUGGAGACUGCGACCACAGUGGCAAGCCAAGGGAAUUCGGGCAGACUGAGUGUUGUUGCUGAGGAGUUGGCCAGUGUGGAUGGGCAUCGCCUUGGGAAUGAGAAUGCUGCAGUGCGCGAGUGCCUGAUGUGCAAAAACAUACCGUCCGAGGCCCUGUAG